AUGGAGGUUAAUAGUGUCCUGUCCAAAAGUGGUAGUAAUCUCAGUGUGCAGGAUGCGAUAGACGUAAACGCGCUACUAACUUGUCUUGUACUGACGUAUUUUGCUCACUUUUUUGGAGUUUGUUUCAUACGAGCACAUGAGGAUUAUGAUUUGUACCACGAUGCCCCAGUACCGACCAUUUUGCUCGAGUUGGGUGACGAUUUCGAAGCAUCCCUUAGCGUUGCGAUAGAAACAGGAUGCCAGUCGUUCAUCGUAACCGAAAGGAGCGUGGACGCUUUUCUUGGAACAUUUCUCACGGCACAUGAAGCUACGAUGCAACGUCCAAUGGGCAAACGGCUUUUGAUGGUCCUUCAACCGAAUUCUACACUUUUCUCCGCUGUCUCCGAAAUGCUAGUAAUAGAAGAAAUACCCGAGGUGUUGAUCAUACUGCCAACGCUGUCGGACGAUGGGGCAUUUGGUGGUAGGAUCGAACUUUACACCGUGAAUAUCUCCGAUGGCUAUCCUAUCACUAUCAAGCCACGGCUGAUCGACGUGAUCUUCACGCGGCAAAGGCCUAUCUGUUGCACCUGCCAAGGUAUCGAUCAUUUUCCGGAUCAGUUCUUCAACAUGAACAGUCGACGUCUGCGACUCGGUACCCUCCCUUAUUUGCCAAACGCAUUCGUGGAGGAUGUGCCACUAGGCGAAGGGAACGCUCGGUACAUCCUACCCGAAAGACCGAACGUGUCAGCACAGCUUAGUGGCACGGAGUUGUGGCUCAUAGUGUUGUUUUGUGAAAUCGUCAAUUGUAGGAUCGACGUUAUGAUGGCACAAGAAUGGGGAAACGUGUUGGAUAAUGGUACCAAAACUGGACUUCUCGGAUCGCCGGCAAAGCGAGAAGUUGACAUCAGUAUCUCGGGCAUCUACAGCUGGUACACGUUGUUCCAACAUCUCGCCUUCACCAUCGCACACUCCCGGUCCGGCUGUACGUGCAUUGUGUCGAAGCCGCGCACCGUAACCAACUGGCGCACUCCAUUCAUUUCGUUUACGGGCUCGCUAUGGAGUGCCGUAAUCGCAGCGUUCCUGGUUGGUGCGUUAGCGGUGCUGCUGAUGUCCCGAGGUCGACAGCAGAUACUCGAGUUGAACCAUUACGCACGCCACUCAUUCGGCGACUCGGUACUGAUCAUGAUUGGGUUCUUCAUGGAGCAGAGCGUAAGGAUGCCCAACGAACUGCUGGCAUCGUGCAUUCUCUUCGCCACGCUCAUGUUCGCCGGGUUCAUGAUUGGCAGCAGCUACAACGGUGGUCUUGCGAGCACGUUGAUCGUACCGCAGUUCGAGAAGAGCAUCGAGACCGUGCACGAUUUAGCCGUGACACGCACGACUUGGGUCGGCGUGACCGUCUCUUGGGUGUACUCUAUCGAGCUGGCUUCACAGAUCGACAUCGUCACGUUGUUAGAAACGUUUCAAGAAUGGAACGAAACGCAGAUAAUGCACCACGCUUACGACAAGGAUCUGGCAAUCAUCGUCGAGCGGAUGGAGUAUGGUCACUUUGCACUGCCAAGGAUCGACAUCGAAGCAAUGAAGGGUCGAAAAAUGAUGUCGGAGGACAUCUACUGGGAGUCGGUGGUCGCUAUGUGCACCAAAACGUGGCCAGGGCGGGCCCGCUUCGAUCGGAUGGUACUCGAUUUAAAGGCUAACGGCGUCCUGGCUCAUUGGGAGCUACUCGGAGUGGCCAAAUUCCUGAAUUCUCAGAUGCAGCAAAUCAUUCGCUUUUCGCGCGACAGUACCGGUGAGGACGAAAUUGCGCCGCUGCGUAUGGCCAACGUAACAGGGGCGAUUUUAAUAUUGAUCACCGGAUUAUCGAUCUCGGUGAUCGUGUUCUUGGUGGAACUGUUGUGGGAGAAAUUUGAUUCAAUUGUCUGCAUCGUACGGACGUUCAACGAGGAUGUUCCGUUUGGCGAAUCAUCACUACCUCAUGUCCUGAUCGUACUAGAAACACCCGUCAUGGAGCCAUCAGUCGUCGGUGAAUUCGAAGCAAAUCUUCUCCAAGCCGUGGAAGCCAGUAACUGCGGCGGGUUCGUUGUGACUGCUGUGGCGCUAUUCCCAUUCCUGGACAGCUUUUUCCCGGUACAUCAGAAGGCCACGAUGCGACCGUUCCCGAAACAUCUGGUUGUCGUCCUUACAUCGCUGGAUAGUGCUGUACGCAAUCGGUUAGUUGCACACGAGGCGUUCGAGUCGUUGCUGAAUGUACUGUUCAUUGUCCUGCCCUUGGACGAGGUCGCUGACAAAGGAAAAACGGCGAUUGAGUUCUAUACAACGCAGCUACAUAGCACUCCUAUCAACAAGCCAAACGAAGUCGAACUUGUGCAGAUUGGAGAGCUGACAGCUGAGGGAGAAAGCUCACACCUCAAUGUGAAAGAAGCCAGUUUCAAUUUUUUCCCUGAUAAAAUAAAGGACAUGAAUGGACGUCCGAUACGUGUAGGUACAGUGCAGUACCCACCCUAUACGAGAGCUACGAAAGUGCCGAUCGGACAAGGAAAUGCUCGAGACAUGGACGACGCAACACAUGAGCUGGUGGUGGAUGGGAUGGAGUUUAUGCUGAUGCUAGAGUUUUGUCGACACCAUAAUUGCACCUUUGACCUGAUCGUUGCGACUGACUGGGGCCAACCGACGGACGACGGCAAUUUAACUGGCCUGUUGGCCGGCAUAGUAGACAAAAGAAGCGAUGUUGUAUUAGGAGCCACCUUGCUGUGGCACACCUGGUAUCAGCUGGCGUCGUUUUCAUCGACAACAGGCUUCUCAAUGAUCACGAGUCUCGUACCGAAACCACGAUUGCUCCCAUUUUGGCAGACACCGUUCCUUACCUUCCCGAUGUCGCUGUGGCUCAUGGUGGGUGUUACCUUUGCGAUCGGUACGGUGAGCAUCUUCACGGUUGGUCUGUGCCGGGGACGGAUCGAUCGGGCAGCUCGUGAUGCAACAAUGCUCCACAACGCUAACGAUAACAAGGCUCACCUGCUGUUACUACUGGACGCGCUGUUUCUCAUAUUCGGCCUGUACGUAGAGCAAUCGAUGCCCAUCCGGAACGACCUGCUGGCGCAGACGGUCCUGUUCGCGGCCCUCCUCUUCGGUGGGUUCAUGAUUGGUAACAGCUACGCGGGUUCGCUCGCCAGCAUCAUGACGCUGCCACGGUACGAACGCCCGAUAGACACCGUGGCAGAUUUUGUGGCCAGUGGCAUGAGAUGGACCGGUCGAAGCAUAGCGUGGGUGUACUCCCUUAACGAGGCCACCAACCCGUUGCAGAUUCAAAUGCGUGAUCGGUUUAUACCCGUGUUCGACAAUGAGGAGCGGGCUCAGCUGGCUUUUACCGAUCGUCACAUGGGGUACGCCUUCGAGCGUAUGAUGCACGGUAGCUACUGCUUUGGGACACCGAUCGGUGCCGAGGCGUCGAUGUUGCUGCAGCCGCUCAAGGAGGAUCUCUACUUCGAGCAUACGAGCGUCUAUUACAGUAAGGUUUGGCCACUGCAGGAUACCUACAAUGAGUUUAUCCUGCUGGGACAUCAAAGCGGACUGCUGCAGUACAUGGAGCAUUGGUCUUUAAUGGAAAUCAUGGGUCUUACGGUGCAACGGAACAUUGCCAAUGCGCGCACCCACGAAACCGAUCACGCACCAGUUCAGCUAUCGACGGAACAUUUACUGGGUGCAUUUUUCAUCCUUGCGUUCGGGCACAGCUUAGCAGCCUUCGUUUUGAUUGCGGAAAUAUUCGUUCACUGGCGGAACAGGCAACAAUCGAAUUAG